UGGUUUUCUUCUAAUCAGACUGACAAGAUACUUUGGAUAUUGUCGAUCCUCUGAGGGCAGGAGAAUGGCCGUUAGACCACGAGAGGUUUUCUCUUUCAAAGACUCUGAACUUCCCUCCCACCUGCUCGCCCAGCUCAACAUCCUCCGGCAGGAGCGCAUCCUGACAGACGUGCUGCUCUGCACCGAGCACCAGGAGAUCCCCUGCCACAGGAACGUCCUGGUGUCCAGCAGCCCGUACUUCCGCGCCAUGUUCUGCAACAACUUCCUGGAGAGCAGCCAGGCCCGUGUGAACCUGAGGGGAAUCUCUUCGAACGUGCUCGUCGGCAUCGUGGACUACGUUUACACGGGCUGCGUCACCAUCACCAUGGAGAUUGUGCUGCCGCUCAUGCAGGCGGCGUCCAUGCUUCACUACGGAGGCCUGUUUGAGGCCUGCUCCAUGUUCCUCCAGGACCAGCUGAGUCCAGAGAACUGUCUGAGCAUGAUCCGGCUCUCUGAGAUCCUGCACUGUGAGAGUUUGAGGGAGAGGGCGAAGGAGAUGGCUGUGAGGUGUUUCUCUGACGUAGCUGCCACCGAGGAUUUCUGUGAGCUGUCUCUUCCUGAGCUCAUGUGCUACCUGGAAGAUGACCGACUUUGUGCUGAGGAGGAGCAGGUGUUUGAGACCCUCCUGGCGUGGAUCCACCACGACCCGUUCUCACGACGUGGAGCCAUCCACGAUCUCUUCAAGAAAGUGCGUCUGCGCUACAUCCAUCCCACUUACCUCUUCCAGUUUAUUGCCAAUGACCCGCUGGUGCAGUCGUCCACACUCUGCACUGAGAUCAUCGAGUCAGUUCGCCGCCUUAUGCUCACAGUCAGCACCAAGUGUAGCCGUGAGCUGAAGCCACUUUGGACCACACCGAGGCGUUACACCUGUAGAGAAACAUUAGUGGUAGUUGGAGGACGCAAAAACAACGAGCAGACUUCACGAGAAGCGUUGCUAUACGAUGAAAGGACUCAUCGUUGGCAGUGGUUGGCCAAGCUCCCUCUUCGCCUCUACAAGGCUGCAUAUGUUUGCAUUCACAGCAUCCUCUAUGUGCUUGGCGGGCUCAGCCUCUGCAUGACGUCAGGCGACAGCUCGGUCAGUGCCACAGUUUACACCCUCUCCCUUAAAACCAACCAGUGGAGGACUGCUGAGCCCAUGUUGGAGCCACGAUACGCCCACCAAAGCGUGUCCUACCUGCACUUUAUUUUCGUGUUAGGAGGCAUUGGGGUAGACAAGCGAAUCUCUCAGUCGGUCGAGAGGUAUAACAGCAUGUUUAAUCAGUGGGAGGCCAUGGCACCGAUGCCCACAGCAGUGCUUCAUCCAGCUGUUGCAGCCAGUGAUCAGAGGAUCUAUGUUUUCGGGGGGGAGGACGCCAUGCAGAACCCAGUCAGGCUGAUUCAGGUGUAUCACAUCUCUCGUAACUUGUGGUCCAGGCUUGAGACCAGGACAGUGAAGAAUGUUUGUGCUCCUGCUGCCGUCAUAGAAGACAAGAUCUACAUCAUAGGAGGAUACACCAGGCGAAUGAUUGCCUACGACACCAAAGCCAACAAGUUUGUAAAGUGCGAGAACCUUAAAGAGCGAAGGAUGCAUCACAGCGCUACAGUGAUCAACAACAAGCUCUACGUCACCGGUGGACGCAUCCUCAAUGGCCACGAUGUCAUCGAGGACUCGGACUGCUUCGAGUGUUAUGACCCAAAAACGGAUGUUUGGACGUCCAAAGGUUCUCUUCCAUACAAGCUGUUCGACCACGGCUCCCUGCCCCUCGUCUGUGUUUCCAACAGACCCAACCCACCCUGACCUGCCAUCCAGUUGUUCUUCUCCUCCCCUUUGCCAUGAUUUAUUGGCCUCUAACUACGACAAUGGGAAACCAUUUCACACUAACUACAUUCCUUCACGCAGCUCCGUCUCUGCCACCACUUAGCGGCAUGUUAGGCCAGGCUGACUUUCAUCUGAGUCAAAGAAGAGCUGAACCGACGUGCGGCGGUGUCAUUUUCUGAGGCACCUGGAGUGGAACUGAACUGAGAACCUAAGAGAUGACGAGAGGCAGUCAUACUUACACGACAAGCAGCUGCUCACACAUGCGUAAUCCAAAAAGCUGUUUCCACAAAUGGCUGCACUUGUUGGAGGCUAACUAAAAGUGUUAAUGCUUUGAUUUACACACGGCAUCAUCACUCUGCGUGGCAGCUGCAGCAAACGUUUCUGUAACAAUUCUAUGAUCUCUUGUAAAACUGAAAAUGACAUAGCUAAUAAUUUGCACUUUAUAGAUGAUAAAGAAUUACAUUCCUCCUGCGAACAACUGCGACAUGAACAAGCUCCUACGGCAAAGUAAAUGUAGCUGCAGCUUCUGUCAUGUUUGGUGAAAUCUUGCAAAGAAGAACUCAAAUGAAAAUUAUCCGGGCCAACAUUAUUCCAGUUUGGAGGCUUGAUUCUUGACUGUGAAUUAUUCUUGUAAAACCCAUCAAAGCAUCAUUCUGUGCAUCAUUUCAUGGAUGUUUCACUGACAACACACCAGAAGUAGAAUAUAAAAAAAUGCUCUAGAUUAGUCAAAGCUCUCUAAACGAAAAUGUGAAUAGCUCAGUGGCGGUCUACUUUUAAUUUCAUCAUGUGUGCAAAAAGAAAAUGUCUUCACGGCCAGCUGAUGCAUGUUUAUGUGACGGCAUGUGACAAUGCUGCCUUUGAACGCCUCGGGAGGAUGUAGCGUUAUUCAGCAUUGGAAGCCCUGUAUCAGGCUCAAGGGGGGAACCUGUAGGUGGCGAGUUGGAAGCCACUGAUCUUAAAUCAAGCUUUCAUUCAUCUGAAAAAAUAAUCAGACAGGAAAAAUGCUAUAACAGAAGGAAUGUGGCAAAAAGCUUUAGAACAAUCGCUGCUACAGAUGUCAAGGCUUCUGCUGGUGUUACAUCCAUCUUCGUCCUUCAGCCCCUCUUGUUGCUCACAGAACGUACCUCCGUGCUCCAGUCCCCGGCCCUGGCAACGACUGCCAUGGCAACCUUAUUAUAACCCUAAUGGAUAAUUUGUGGUAUGCGUGCGUGUAAGGAUCCUAUCUAUUUAAGACGGCACCACUGAUCGACUGCAUGAUGGGUUGCUGUUACUUGCACAUUUGAGAUGCUCUGUUUAUCAUUAAAAUGUAUUAUUUCUUGUA